CUGUUCUUUCUGCCUGACAAAACAGCUGGACCGAAUCAAAGUACAUAAAUAGUAAAUUAACAGAUUUUGUACAAUAAAGUAUAAAUUUUUCUAUCUGAAAUGUCGGAAAUUGAAGCAGUCCAAAUUGUUGCUGAUUCUUUAAAAGAGCAGGGUGUUGAAUAUGUUUUCGGUAUCAUAGGGAUACCUGUUAUUGAAUUGUCAAUGGCUUUUCAAGCAGCGGGACUCAAAUACAUUGGCAUGCGAAACGAGCAAUCUGCCUGCUAUGCCGCUCAAGCAAUAGGAUAUUUAACUCGUAAACCUGCUGUGUGCCUUGUAGUUUCUGGGCCAGGAUUGCUCCACGUUACCGGUGGCAUGGCAAAUGCACAAGUUAAUUGUUGGCCCCUGCUGGUGAUCGCUGGAUCGACAAGUCAGGAUCAUGAAGGUAUCGGGGGCUUUCAAGAAUAUCCUCAAGUUGAAAUUUCUCGUCCGUACUGCAAGUAUGCCGCGCGCCCGCCUACGGCUUCGCUUAUACCACUUCAUGUAGAAAAAGCUGUACGCUACGCAACAUAUGGACGGCCUGGCGUUUCUUACCUUGACUUACCCGGCAACAUAUUGCAAUCACGAGUACGUCAGGAUAAAAUCUACAAAGCAUUAUCCCAUCCCGUUCCGCCUCUUGUUUAUCCGGCUCAUGACGAUGUUAUACGUGCUGCCAAUUUGUUGCGCUCUGCAAAACGACCACUUGUUAUAAUUGGAAAAGGAGCUGCCUACGCACAAGCAGAAAAUAUAUUGCGCCAUUUCGUUGAAAAUACAAAUUUGCCUUUUCUACCGACACCAAUGGGCAAAGGUGUUGUGUCUGAUACUGCGCCACAAUGUGUUUCGUCUGCGCGAUCCUUGGCUUUACAGAAGGCUGAUGUUGUUUUACUACUGGGGGCUCGUCUUAACUGGAUUUUACAUUUUGGGAAGCCUCCACGUUACAGUGCUGAUGUCAAAUUCAUUCAAGUCGACAUUUGCCCUGAAGAGCUGCAUAACUCCGUUCAAUCUUCAAUUGCUAUACAAUCGGACAUUAAGCCAUUUGCAGAGCAAAUUUUUGAACAAAUGAAUGCAGUAAACUUUGAAUUUCCAAGUGACAAUCCUUGGUGGGAGGAACUUGCCAACAAAUGCAAGAGCAACCGCGAACAAGUGCGCCGUAUGGCGUUGAAUACGUCCUCACCACUUAACUAUUAUACAGUGUUUCACCAUUUGCGUGAGUUGAUUCCACGAGAUGCAAUAAUUGUUAGUGAGGGUGCCAACACCAUGGAUAUUGGUCGUUCAAUGCUUUUUAAUAUUUUGCCACGCCACCGCUUAGAUGCUGGUACUUUCGGCACUAUGGGUGUUGGUCCAGGUUUCGCCAUUGCGGCAGCACUUUACUGCCGCGAUCGUUUCCCCGGAAAACGUGUGAUAUGUGUAGAAGGGGACAGCGCUUUUGGAUUCUCUGGAAUGGAGUUAGAAACAAUGGUGCGCUAUAAGCUACCCAUUACUAUAGUCAUUGUCAAUAACAAUGGUAUUUAUGGUGGUUUCGAUCAAGAAACCUUUGACGCCAUUCAAAAUUCUGGUGAUUUGUCUAAAGUAACACCACCGUCAGCGUUGGGCGUUCAAGUGCACUACGAAGAAAUGAUGCAGAUGUUUGGGUUGAAAGGCUAUUUCUGCAAGGAGAUACCAGAACUACAGGAUUCUCUCAGAGAAGCACAGCAACUUACUGAUAAGCCAACUAUCAUUAAUGUGGCGAUAAAUCCUUCAUCUGAUCGUAAACCACAGACAUUCAACUGGUUAACCGAAUCUAAAUUGUAGAUAGCUGAAAGAUAUUUUGUGAACCCAAAUUGCUUGACAACGGUCCCCUUAGCUGAGAUGCUAGCGAUUUGCUUAACCUACAGUCACACUUCUAUGUAAGGUCAUUUUACUGGAGAUUACUAUAAUCUUCUUCACUGUAUAAAUGUGCAUUUUUAACAGAUCUCAGCAAAUCUGGUUAUUUUAUAUGUAUUAAAAGUAAUUUUAUUUUCUACAUCGGUUGUAAAUGAGAAAAUAACA